CCCCAAUGAAAAGCUACCAAAGUGGCAUGCGGCAGUCGAAUAUUACAAUUCAAACCGAAGGAAGCCAUUGGUAGGAGUUUCUGUUUCUCUUCAUCCAUUAUAAUAAAGAAGGGAAGUGAUCAAUCCCUCUGAAAUGGCUGCUUAAGUCGCACGGAAACCGUCCGACCCACCGACCGAUCCAACCAAACCAACGACGACGCUCGCCUUCUUCUUGCCGGAGGGAGAGAAGAGAAGACCCACAUCGGAUUACAUUAAGGCGUCGAAAAUUCGCGACAAGCUGUGCGGAGCUGUGGUGGGUUCUUUCUUCAAGUAUUUCAAGAAGCAGCCGGCGACGGCAGAGAGAGGGAUGAGAGGAAUCUCGAGAAGCAGAUCGGCUUUUCCUUGGCGUUUCCUCUUCUUUUUCACUGCCGCCUCUCUCCAGUUUCUCGCUGGCUUAUGUGACGACCCAUCUAGCACAAAAGACAAUGCAAAGAAAGCUGAUUCUGGUGUCGAUACUCGCCGUAAGAUUCUUUUCAUUUUCCUAGGGAUGGUGGCAACUGGGUUGCUUUCAUUUGGCCUUUUCAAGUUCUGGCAAAAGAAGAAAAGAGAAGAGCAGUAUGCCCGUCUGCUAAAGUUGUUUGAAGAGGACGAUGAGCUGGAGGUUGAACUUGGCCUCAGAGAUUGACACUCAUAGUGCUCUGGUAAUGGAGUCAAUUGUAGUUGAGGUUUCACGAUCGGAGUUGGCAUUAGGACAGGUGGUUCCUCUGCUUGGUCGCAACUCCCCUUCUUGAAGAUGCUUUGCUUCCGAGCCCGAAGCUUUUACCAUUAUAGUGAUUAUGUUGAAAUGGAAAUCGUGAUUCAAAUUCUUUCAGAACCUUUUAGUGAGAGGAAGAAAAGAGAAAAGAAAGUAUUGCACAGUAUGUAAUGAAAAUUCUCGUAUAG